GUUUCAAUCCGGUUUGUUCUUGCGUAGAAAUUCAACCUAAAGAAAAUCACCUUCAAUCUUUAGUCAAGUUUUGAGCAUACUUUUUGUACUCAUUAUAACUGAAUCUGCAUUUUUUGAACGUUUUGCGUGUAUGCGCGAUAAUCAACAGGCAAAAUUGUUAAAGCCUAUCAGCUUUAAUGUUUGAAUAGUCAAUUAUAUACGUAAUCAUGUAGAAAUGGAUGAUGCUGAUCUUGAGAAGCUGAAUGUUAAACCUGGAAAAUUGAACCCAAAAUUUAAUCGAAACAUUACUGAAUACGAAGUGGUGCUUAAUAGUGGUGUUAAAAUAAUCAAAGUCGAUCCUUUAACAAGAGACCCUAGUGCGUCGUGGACUAUUUUGGGCUCUGGUACUGAAAGAUCAGUCACAGUAACUGAAGGGACCAACACCAGUUUGAUUAUAGAGGUCACUGCAGAAGAUGGCACAACAAAACAGUAUACCAUAAAACUUGUUCCGUUAUCAUCUAGUAGUACUGUUCUUUCUUCUAUCAAAAUCAAAGAUUACCAGAUAUCUCCUGAGUUUAUCACAAAUCUGUAUGAAUAUGAAUGCCUUGUGCCGUUUUAUUGUAUGUUUGUGGUUGUCCAAACUUCAUCACCAGAUAAGAACACCAAGAUUGCAGUUGCUGAUGCCGACGAUAACUAUAGCGUUAAACUCAAUAUUGGUUUAACUAAAAUUCAAGUAAAAGUUACAUCGCCUGAUGAGACCUCUACAGUGUCUUAUUGCGUAAAUGUUCGUAGAGGAAAGUUCAUGUUUCCAGUAAAUAUCCUGAAUUAUGUUUGUAGCAUUUGUGCGUGCACUCUUUACUGUCCGGUGUCUGUUUUGAACGAUAAAAGCGGUGCUUUGUUUUGUGAGCAUUGCUUAAAAACCGUAACACGAAGCAAUAAGAUUCAUCCGUUAACUGGUGAACUUUUAGGGGAGGACUUUAUUGUGUUCCAAGAGGAUGUUGAGAAAAAACUUUCUAAUGAAGUGGUUCGUUGUCCUUUUGAAUGUGGCGAAUCAUUGACGUUCUGCGAAGUUGGUGAACAUGUGAAGUUUCGUUGCGAUUCAAGUUUCUUGUUUGUGGAAAAAGUUGAUGCAGUGAUUUUUGGAAACGCAAGAAGGGAGAAUGCAAUGCACGAGACAGACACAUGCAGUUCGUGCAGCCGAGCAGUACCACAGUUUGAUAAAGAGUUCCAUCAACAACAUAUGUGCACGUCAAAACAUUCCUACAAUUUUAGUGGCAACGUUGCAAAACAUAAAUGGGAAUGCAAAUAUCAACAAGAGGUUGUAGCCCAACAAAUUGAUGAACCAUUGAAGAUUGGAAUGCAAUGUGAAGUAGACUAUUUGAAACUUGUUGAAAAAGGUGUGAACGAAUACAAUCAAUCAGAAAUCAUGUCACAGUUAAACAAAGCUUGCCAGUUAUACGCGCAUGGUAUCCUUGUCAAUAGUAAAGAUCAUUUUGCGCAUUUUCGCUUGGCUGUGGUGUUGGAAGAAUUGUAUCACUUACAAGAUAUAUUUGGAAUUAAAGAUAAGGAUUCAAGAGAAAUUCACACAGAUGACAGUGGAGAGUUUCAAACUGCAGAGUCAAUGGAGGACGACAUCAAAGCCUUAGCAGAUCUCAAAGGUUUCGGUAAGGACGCCUCGAUAACAGACCAGUUAAAAGCGUUGGAUGAGGAAUAUCACUUCUUACUGGAGCGUGGUCAGUCUGAAAAAGCAGACUACUUGCAAAAACUCUACGCUUUUAAACAGAAGCAACAACAUGAAAACAAAAAGACGUCCACCAUACCUGGUAGUAUGGAGACUUUCCUUGAUAAAGCUUUGACAAAGUAUUUAGACGCUACCUACGUUCAACCGGAUCAUGCUUUGUAUCAGAUGCACGCUGGAAGGUGUCUUCUCCGAUUAAGAAAAUAUGAUAAUGCUGUGGAAAGGUUGAAGUAUGCUGUCGCGUUGAAACCAGCAUGCGCUGAAGCUAAAUUUUAUCUUGGUUGUGCAAUAUUAAAAAGUGGUACAUCUACAGAUUAUGUUAUGCCUUACCUACAACAAGGUGUAGCCUACUAUGUACAUCAUUUUCAGUGGCAUGACAACCAGAAACGCAAAAUGUUUGCUGAAGACUUUUGUUCUGCAUACAGUUCUCUGCCGUUGCAAGGCGUACAUGAGCUAUCUAAAGUGCAAUCCGCCGACGCUUGCUUACUCAAAAAAGACAAGUUAUUACUUCUCGUAUCGACACUGUGUUUCCAUACAAUGAAUCGAUUGGUUAACAGAGGUAAACUUUUUAAGUUUUUACAGUCUACAGCGCUUGAAAGUCAGUAUGAUUACGGAAAAUAUCUGAUUAAUCAAAAAGACGCCGACAAGAUGAAGAUGAAAGAGUACUGGGAACGAGUGUCAAACAUUACCAUGACGUUUUGUGGUCAUGCGGACGCUGUUGUUUUGCAAAUACAGAGAAAGAUUUGUGAAGCAGCCGUCAUAUUAUUACCCAACUCCAGCAGAGCAUUACAUCAUCUUGGUGAUGUUCUUUUGGCUAUUUUGGAAAAAUCACCAUCAUCAGCAUCAGUGGAAGAUGUCGAAAAAUACUUCAGAGCAAGUAUCGAUGAAGAAGGAAAAGAUAUGAAUCGAGAGGAACCGUCAGAGUUUCUGAAACAAACAGAUUUUUGGAGAUCAUAUAAAAAGCAGUGCACUUCUUUUCAGUCGUCCGUGGUAGAAAAAACAGCAAUUGCAAGUGGCGUAAAGAAGGACGAACCACCGAAGGGGAGAGGGAAAGCUGCUCCUGCUUCUACCGCAAAGAAAGUUGUUGCCACUCGAAGUAAACCUAGGCCUAAGACAACUACUACUGCUAGGACGCAACCAUCAACUACUGCAGCAGCUGGUAAGAAAAGCACUCCUCUAUCUCCUGUGAAAAACUCAUCGACUGGUAAGUCGAUGGUGACUCAUUCUCCACAACGAGCUGGAAGAACAUCUCAAAAUUGUGUCAACAAAACCUGCAGUACAGAGAAAACAAAAUCGCUUUCCAAAACUACAACUUUCAAUGAAACAAACAACUUAAAGACUGGUUCUCCUUCACCAGAAAAACAGUCCAGUGUUAGCACCCCAUUAAAGUUAAACCCGAUUACUUAUCAAGCUAGAAUCGGUCUUGCCCGAGUUCUAGUACUAUCUGGAGGGAAGUCUGACGAAGUGGAAAAUUUAUAUAAUAAAGUUAUUCAAUUGGCACCACAUUUGCAUGAUGCGUACAUUGAGUUAGGAGAACUUCUAGCUAAAACUAAACCAAUGAACGCGGUGGAUGUUUAUACCAAGUAUCCGUUCGCCGAUAAACUGUCGUACGAUGAUGCAUAUUUAUAUGGGGAAAUCGUAAGGUUGUUAAUGAAAGUGGAAGCCUAUGAUGAUCCGAGAUUGCAGGAAAACAUGAUUGCAUUGGGAAGAAUACUUGGUUUUUCGGCUUUAGAAAGAUACAUAACCACACUGGAGGAUAAACUGAAGUAUAGUAAAUUAUUAUGUCGAAUAUAUGCAGGUGUCAACAAUAAGGAUAUUGAUGAUCCUGACCUCCAGGCUUUUUUUAAAUUUAAAUGCUGGAUUUAGCAAGAAAAAUGAAAAAUGUUUUUGUCUUUAUUAACUUAAUGGUAGAAAUUUUAACGAGAAUUCCGUAUUUUGCGAAUUUUCUGUAUUUUUCAAACAAAAAAAGGUUAAAUUUUUUGAAUAAAAACAAAUUUUACAUUUCAAGCAUCAAGCAAGCUUUUUUUGUGAAAUUUAAAUUUUGCGAAUAAGAUCAAUUCGCGAAAUUUAAAAAAAAAUAAUUUUGGUAAAAAUUUUUACGUUACCUUUUCCCGUGCGCAUUAAUCACGUGUGCCUUAGUGUGUUUUUAAUAAUAAAACAAGUUUGUAGAUUUCUAAUAGUUUGUGCUAAUUUUCGCGCCAAAAAAAUGUUCAUUUAUACACGUUUGUUUCUUUAAAAACUUUUUAGUGUUCUUGUUUUUGCAACAUGUCUUUGGCUCAACGCAUGUUUUGAUUUCAGAAAAUAAUGUUGUUAAAACAUAAAGACAACAUAAUAAACGGCAUUUUCUACAUGAAUAUGGAUAAGGUAAAGAUUCUUCGAUUCCAAUUUUAUGUAAUUCGGUUGUGAAAGAAGUUUCUUAUUGCUGGUCGAUUACUAAAUUAUAGUUGCACCAGCCAAGAAACUUUUUUUCAUUGCUUGGUACUAUCUUCUGUUUUAUCAGUGACCUCCUGUGAUAAAAAGAUCUCGUCAAAUAUAAUCAAAUCUUUCCAGGUAGGGCGG